UUAGCUAAUAUCAGUGAAUUGAUCGUGAUUAAAAUAGCUUAUGAACAUCUUAUGGUGAAGAAAGUGCAUAUUUCGUCAGCUGAUAAACCAGUAAUUUAUUUACAUUUAAUUAAUUUCAGCAUGUCUUGUGCAUGAAUACUCGCGUCAUCAUGCUCGGUGCAUAUCUUUGCAGAAACCCCAGGCAGAACAUGGCCUCUCCACCAAGUCAAAAUGGAGCGAUGAAGAAAUUAAUGUCCUUCAGAAGCAAGCUGACCAAACGUCAGACCUUUCCACAUCAUUUUGGCAGAAGUGUGCCACGCUUCUAAAUUCCAAAUUUGGGUCAAACAGGACAAGUAUGUCAUGUCGUCUUCGAUAUCGGCGUUUAACUGUCAGUCAAGAAGAGUCAGGUGUCAACACAUGGGAUCUUGGUUGCAGCCCCCUAGUAACGACUACCCGAAGCAUAGAGUGCCAGACUGAGCCAGUCAUCCCAGUUGUCCUCCUUGACAGAGCUCACAUUGACAUUUCUACUGAGGACACUCCGACUAAAGUCAAAGAGGACAGGUUUUUGGAUUUAUCACCACCUGCCAAAUUACUUGAAGAAAAGGCCAGGCAGAUAUUUUCAAGAGGGAAGGAUGCCGACAUUGACGAGGCUUUUAAGGAGGAAUUUCUGCGCCUUGUGUACAGCAACCAGUCAAUCAGUUGUCCGGCUUAACAUGUGUUUAAUUAUGAUAAACUGAAGAAAGCAAUUUGGACUUUGUUUCUUGAUGAAAUGACAGAAAGCUCAAGGGCAGCUUGUGAGAGAAGAAAUAGUGUCUUGCUUCACAAGGCCUAUGAAGCACUUGCUGCAUUUAACUGGUCAGCAAUCAUAGAGGAAAUAGUUAACUCCCAUGAAUUACUGGGUGAUGUGCUUUUGGCCUACACCGUCACAAAGAAAAAACUAUGUUCAAAGCUACACAUGGAGUCUAUGGUUAACAUCCUUGGAUUUGUGUAUGGGUCCAUGAUGAAAGCAAGGUGGAAAGACCUGUCUCUUGUGCAGAGAGUAGUAUCCAUGGUCAUGAAGGAGCAAAAGGUCCAUCAAAAGGUGUCUGUUAAAAUACAUUUUGUUCACCUGUUCAAGUUUAAGUUUUGUUCUGUUGAAACCAUUAUGGUCUUUGAUAAACUACAGCCCUUGGGAGUGUGUCUUUCACACAUGGUUUCCUCAGGUGUCCAGGACAUGAUCAGUGGACACUUUCAGGACAAGCUGGUAAAGUGUAUCAAAGAAGGAAAAAGAUUUGUGGGGGAUAAUGUAAACUUUACGGUGGAAGUAAGUCAUCUCCGGAAAUCUGGUGAAAAAAAACCAAGCAUGGCACACUGGUUUGGGUCUGCUGCAAUCAUCCAGGAGAUUAGUUGCACUUCCCUUCCAUCUGGUGCAGCACAACAUGUCCUGUUCAAUAUGUCUGCAGAAGAUUUUCUUCUUAACAAGCAGGACUGGGUAGAGAUAAGAGAUGACUACCUUACUCUAAUACUGAGGGUUCUUACUACACAUGUCCCAGCAUUCAAAUCUCUCAAGCAGAUUGCCCCCGACAUUAUUGUUGGUGAAGAAGCUGACCACCUCAAAACAAAGCAUACUGUUAUUCCUCUGCGUGUGCUUCCAAAGAAUGAACAAACUUACUCUAAUGUUGUUGAUGUUCUUGAUCACUAUGGGUCCUUGAUUUCAGAAAUGUAUGGAAAAGCUGGACUUGAUCUUGGUGAAAACUGUAGCAUCCACAUUGGAAGUGACCAGGUGACCCGUGAAAGAUUCUCUGGAGCUAAAAGACUUAGGGCUUCAACUGACAAUGAUGCUGAUCCAAUGAACAAAUUUCCACAUUUGUCUCCAAUAACUUUUGAACUGUUUCAUUUGCAGAUGACAGUCCUUGCGAUGAUGUAUAAGGUCUUGUACAAUGAAAAGAGUACUGAAACAGGUACACUUGGAGCUGAAAAGAUCAGACUGGGACGUAAACGAGCGUGUGAUGCAAAAAAAAACACUAUAUGGAUUGCAGACGCUAAACAACACAUUGAGGAGAGUCUUGUUCAAGCUACCGACUCCACACAAAUUCAGCAGGUGACUGUGAUGAUGCCAGAUGGAACAAGUCAUAUUCUGCUUAUACCGGCUUCUUCUGCAACAGAGAGCAAGUCUCCACAGGGUUUCCGAGAUGAUUAUCAGUCCUAUGCCAGGAAUGUUCUUGAGAUUGGCCUUCUCUUCAAGAACCUCUCAGAUGCCAUCAAAUGUCCAGACAGGAACCGCAUGAUGAGGCUAUUAAAAUACACAAUGAUCAUGUUAAAAGGUCAGAACAAUCGGAGCAAAUAUGCACUGGAAAUACUCAGAUUUCUGUUUCAUCAAAUGGCUACACUGAGCAAACAGAGAGCUCAUGAGGCUUUCUAUGGGCUCUUUGUGAACACAAAUGGAAAGUACAAUUCUCACAUUGCAGCUGAUAUGCUGAUGGAACACAUAGUGAAGCAGACAAAGAGUCACAUCAAAGCUGUUCACUCUAACAAAACUGAGAAAACAUUGAUAAAGAGAACUGCUCCGUUUGCUGGCAUUUGCACAAUUUCUGAGAAUUUUGAUGAACAAACUGGUGUCGUAAUCAGAGCAGAGAAGCACAAAAUUCCAUCAUCUGAGGAUGAAGAACUUUUGAUAAAGAAUCUUCGCAGGAUCAAACCAUUUCAGUGUCACCCUGGACGCCAAAUCCAAUCUGUAUCAAGGUUGUCGAAGAGCCCUGUCUGCAACAUGAAAAAAGGCAAAACUCAUGACAUGGAUCAGAGAAAAUCAACUUAA